GCCCCCUUUCUCCUCUCUCUCCCUCUCUCAGCACACAACGAUGGCGGCUACCCAGGGGACGAGUUCCGGGGCUCCGGUGGUUCUGAACGGCCCGGUGGUGAAGGUUCAUCCGGUGGUCUUGGCCUCCAUAGUGGACAGUUAUGAGCGGAGGAACGAGGGGGCGAUACGGGUGAUCGGGACUCUGCUGGGAACGGCCGAUAAACAUUCCGUGGAAAUCACCAACUGCUUCUCCGUCCCCCAUAAUGAGUCCGAGGAUGAGGUUGCGGUGGACAUGGAAUUCGCCAAAAAUAUGUACGAGCUUCACAAGAAAGUCACUUCCACCGAGCAGAUCAUGGGCUGGUACGCCACAGGAAAUGACAUCACAGAACAUUCCGUCCUCAUCCACGAGUAUUACAGCCGGGAGGCCACCAACCCCAUCCACAUGACUGUGGACACGAGCAUGCAGGGGGGCCGCAUGAACAUCAAGGCCUACAUCAGCACACCGAUGGGAAUUCCCGGGAAAACGAUGGGGGUGAUGUUCACCCCGCUGACCGUACAGAACGUCUACUAUGACACGGAGAGGAUCGGAGUCGAUCUGAUCACCAAAACCUGCUUCAACCCCAACCGAUCCAUCGGCCUGACCACCGACCUCGAGCAAGUGGGGUGCGCAGGCAACCGCCUCCUGGAUUCUCUGGCCACCGUGCUGCAGUAUGCGGAAGACGUGCUGUCGGGUAAAAUCACAGCGGACAACACGGUGGGAAGGUUCCUGAUGGAUCUGGUGAACCAAGUUCCCAAGAUCGGCCCGGAGGACUUUGAGAACAUGCUCAACAGCAACAUUAAUGAUCUGCUCAUGGUCACUUACCUGGCCAACCUCACCCAAUCUCAGAUCGCCCUCAAUGAGAAGCUCCUCAACCUGUGAGAGGGACCCUCCCCUGAACAGUAUGGACCGGUGUCCCCCGUGUGUGGAGGUGACCCGCGCUGUGUCACCCAGAGCGAUUUUUAUAUCGGCAGAAAGUUACAAUUCCAUUAAAAUAAAAAUAAAAAAUGUAAAAAUAUAA